UGCCUUAGGGAUAAAGAAAGCAGAAGAGCAGAAGGCGACCUGGAGAAUGAAGUUGCUGGCCCAGGGCUUCCAGACGCAGGUCCGGACCUCAGAGCGGAAGCGUCCAAGGCACAGAGGGGGAAACAGGUUGCGCAGCGGAGACGGCCACCGAGGGCCGCGCGGAGUCCAGCGAGGGGCUACAGGGGGAGGAGCCGCCGCAAAGGGGAGGGGCCUCGGAGGCUCCCCGGGAGUGCGCGGGGCGACCUUUGUGUGGGGCGGGGCAGGCCGGGCCAAGUCGCUGCCAACUCCGCACACACACACACACACAUCCGCGCCCAGACGCGCCGCCGCGGAUCAGUCGAGCGCCCUGGAGCCCGCGCCGGGGACGAGCCGGGGUCCAGGCGCCCCCACUAUGGACAUCCCGCCGCUGGCCGGCAAAAUCUCGGUUCUGUCGCUCUGCGCCCUCCCCGUAUCUUACGUGCUCAACUACGUCUCGGCGCUCUCGCAGUCUGUGGGGGGAGCAUUGAUGAGCACCCUGAUCCUAGGUCUGCUCUUUGUGGCUAUUUACAACUUGUCCCAAGGCGAGAUCUCCUACGACCCACUCUAUGCAGUGUUCGCUCUCUUUGCCUUCUCGUCGGUGGUGGACCUCCUUAUCGCUCUCCAGGAAGAUGGCUACAUGAUGGGCUUCAUGGAGUUCUACACCAAGGAGGGCGUGCCCUACCUGCGCACUGCACACGGAAUCUUCAUCUGCUACUGGGACGGCACCGUUCACUACCUCCUCUACUUGGCCAUGGCCGGUGCCAUCUGCAGAAGGAAGAGGUACCGAAACCUUGGGCUGUACUGGCUGGGAUCCUUCAUCAUGAGCAUCCUGGUGUUCCUCCCGGGAAACCUCCUUGGAAAGUACAGUUCAGAGAUGAGGCUCACCUUCUUCCUUGCCAUCCCCUACAUGCUGGUCCCAUGCUGGGCUGGUAUGAGGGUCUUCAGCCAGUCCCAGGCACCCACCUUCUGCCCACCGCAUGUGGUGCAGGAGGAGCAGAGGAAGGGCCUCCUGCGACGCCCAGUUGACCUGGCCCUCGUCACAUACCUCAUCUUUGCCGGGCUCUUCACUCUCUUCCGGGGCCUAGUGGUACUUGACUGCCCCACAGAUGCCUGCUUUGUCUACAUCUAUCAGUAUGAGCCAUACCUGCGGGACCCUGUGGCCUAUCCGAAGGUGCAGAUGCUGGUGUACAUGUUUUAUGUGCUGCCCUUCUAUGGCCUGGCAGUCUAUGCACUCAUCUUCCCUGGCUGUACUUGGCUACCUGAUUGGGCCUUGGUGUUUGCUGGAGCCAUUGGUCAGGCGCAGUUCUCACACAUGGGUGCCUCCCUUCACCUGCGCACCCCCUUCACCUACCGAGUGCCUGAUGACGCCUGGGCCUGCUUCUUCACGUGCAACCUGCUCUAUGCGCUUGGCCCCCACCUGCUGGCCUUCCGCUGCCUGUGGUGGCCUACCUUCUUCCUGCACCCACCCCCUGGGCCCCCAGCACACCACAAGAAGCAGCACUGAGGGAGCCAUGGGGCACCCCAGGACUCUGUUUACAUGCCCAGCCCUCCCUGCCCUGGGAAGGGUGGGUUGGGCUUUGGAGAGGAAGGGGUAUGUCUCUGGGUAUGGUGGUUCCAGGACAGCAGGGGACCAGGAGGCCCAAGGGCCGUGGGCUCCAGCAGAGAGGGACACAGCCACGCUCCGCUCCCAUGCUGUCCCGACUCCACAUAGGCUCUUCUACUCCCUCCCAGAGCCUACCCAUGGGCCCUCUUAGGAAAAACCCUUUGAUACCCAAAACGUUUGCUGCCUCAGUAUUUCAGGGUGCAGGGGCAAGGGACCUGUUUCUCAGACCCCACCAGGGCCUACUCAUCACUGCCUGGCUGACCAUCAGGAGUUGGAGGUGCUGGACAGCCGAAGCCUGCCUCUGGUUGGUGUGUACAGCUCCACCUGAGGCUCAGAAAGGGCCAGAGACCUGUCUGAGGUCACAAGCAGAAGAGAAGUCUCAAAUCUAAGCUCUGCCAAUAAAUUAUAACAACUAA